UUAAGCGUCACGGGCGGGACUCUGCUGCGGAGCCCUGGGCUUUGAACAUGUCGCGGCCGAAGGGGUUAGCGGGGCGGGAUACCCGAGCGGGUUUCCGAACUGAGAGCAGAGACUGCAGUGCCUGCGUACCCCAGGGACUCUUAAAGGCGGCUAGGAAGAGCGGCCAGUUAAAUCUGUCGGGCCGCAACCUCAGCGAAGUGCCUCAGUGUGUUUGGAGAAUCAAUGUGGAUAUCCCUGAGGAAGCUAAUCAGAAUCUUUCAUUCAAUGCCUCUGAGCGAUGGUGGGAGCAGACGGAUUUGACCAAACUAAUCAUAUCAAAUAAUAAACUUCAGUCACUUACUGAUGACCUCCGACUCCUUCCUGCACUGACUGUUCUUGAUAUACAUGAUAAUCAGUUGACAUCCCUUCCUUCUGCUAUAAGAGAGUUAGAAAAUCUUCAGAAACUUAAUGUCAGCCAUAACAAGCUGAAAAUACUCCCUGAAGAAAUUACAAAUCUAAGAAAUCUGAAGGGCCUGUAUCUCCAACAUAAUGAACUCACUUGCAUACCAGAGGGGUUUGAACAACUUUCCAACUUAGAAGAUUUAGAUCUUUCAAAUAAUCGUCUUACAACUGUUCCUGCUAGUUUUUCUUUUCUGUCCAGCUUGGUGCGUCUCAAUCUUUCCAGUAAUCAACUGAAGAGUUUGCCAGCAGAGCUAAGUGGAAUGAAAAGAUUAAAGCAUUUGGAUUGCAAUUCAAAUCUCUUGGAAACUAUUCCUCCUGAAUUGGCCAGCAUGGAAUCAUUAGAAUUGCUAUAUUUGCGAAGGAAUAAAUUACGUUUUCUACCAGAAUUUCCUUCUUGUAAACUAUUAAAGGAAUUACAUGUAGGAGAAAACCAGAUUGAAAAGUUAGGGGCAGAACAUCUUAAGCAUCUGAAUUCUAUCCUUGUGCUAGACCUGCGGGAUAACAAGUUAAAAUCUGUUCCAGAUGAAAUUACACUCCUGCAGUCUUUGGAAAGACUGGAUCUAAGCAACAAUGAUAUUAGUAGUCUGCCCUGUUCAUUGGGAAGACUUCAUUUGAAAUUCCUGGCACUUGAAGGAAAUCCUUUGAGAACCAUUCGAAGAGAAAUUAUAAAUAAAGGAACCCAAGAAGUCUUAAAAUACCUACGAAGCAAGAUUAAAGAUGAUGGACCUAGCCAAAAUGAUUCUGUUACUGAGACUGCCAUGACACUGCCAAGUGAAUCUAGAGUCAAUGUGCAUACCAUCCUCACAUUAAAAAUGUUAGACUAUAGUGAUAAACAGACAGCUUUGAUUCCUGAUGAAGUGUUUGAUGCGGUAAAAAGUAACGUUAUCACUUCGAUUAACUUCAGUAAGAAUCAGCUAUGUGAAAUUCCCAAAAGGAUUGUGGAACUGAAGGAAAUGGUUUCUGAUGUCAAUCUCAGUUAUAAUAAGCUUUCCUUUAUAUCCUUGGAAUUAUGUACACUUCAAAAAUUGACUUUUUUAGAUCUCAGGAAUAAUUUUUUAAAUUCUUUGCCUGAAGAAAUGGAAUCAUUGACACGGCUACAAACUAUCAACCUUUCCUUUAAUAGGUUCAAAAUACUACCUGAAGUUCUGUAUCGAAUUCCCACACUUGAAACAAUUUUGAUUAGUAAUAAUCAGGUUGGAUCUUUGGACCCUCAGAAAAUGAAGACAAUGGAAAAUCUGAUCACAUUGGACCUUCAAAAUAAUGACCUCCUACAGAUUCCACCAGAGCUUGGUAACUGUGUGAACUUAAGGACAUUGCUACUAGAUGGAAAUCCAUUCCGUGUUCCUCGAGCAGCCAUCUUAAUGAAAGGAACAGCUGCUAUUUUGGAAUAUUUGAGAGACAGAAUUCCUACUUAAAUUGCAGUCAUUACAUAAUCUUGGUCAUGUUAAUUCUUAGACUUCUUAAAUUGAUAACUAACAUUUUUCUAAGGUAUUAUCUUCAUUUAUGAUGGUGUAACCACGUAUUGUGUUCAUACAUUUGUUCUAAAUGUUUUGCAUAAGAUUUAUGCAAAAAUAAUUCACUCAUUCCCACAUAGCAAACAGUUUCUUCAAAAGUGAAUUUUUAUUUAUUAUAGUUAAAUAUUUUUAUAAUGACAAAGCAUUUUUAUAGAGAUGCUUUUCCCAUUUCUACUUGUGUUACGUAUAUUAUGACCAACUGACUUGAAUAUGACCAUCCAAUUUCUAUCUUUUCUUUAAACUUUUUUUUAAUUUCUAAAUUUUCAUUGACUAUACAAUUGAAUUUUAUUUAAUACUGUUCUUUGGCUUUUCAUUAUCCAUGAUAAGACUUUUGUGAUAUGGUUGGUAUCAAUAUAAGUUUGAAAUUAAUGUUUAUUGUUUUGUUUUAAUAUAGUUGAAAUGUUUUUUCCUAUUCUUUUUUCCAUGUUUCAUGAAAUCAUUUUACCAGGGUUUCUAAUGUCACAGAAAUGGUACACAAGAUAUAGUUAUUAGUGGAGAAAAUAAUAAAAGUGUUGUUUUAAUUGCUCUCACAAUUUUGAAUUUAAAACUUGAUUGGACUUUUUUUUUAAGAUGCUUAGUACUAAAGUACUAAGUUUCCAUACAACAACCUAGUAUUUCUAGAUUCAACACAUUUAAAGAAAUUAGAUCUGCAUAUUUUUCCCUCAGAGUGUGAGCAUUUAAGCGAUACCUUUUGUUCUUUAAAAAAAAAAACAAAACUGAAAUUUUAUUAAUUUUAUAGAUAUCAGCAACAGAAAAUAAGAGCAUAUACCGCAUAGAAAUCUUGAAAUGUGUUUUAUUUAAAUACUAAGCAGGUAUUUGUAUGUAUAAUUACUCUGUUGAUGUGUUCUAAUCCUUCCUUGUGCGUUUCUUUUUAAUUUCCAAGGUCUUAAUUUUUUAAUUUGCUAGUAAUGUUAGUAAGACUAAAUUUGUAGUCAUGCGGUAAUUUUCUAAAAAGUAAUUUGUUAUAGAUGAACCGAUUUAAUAAAAAUUAAAUAUAAACAUUUGUAUUUACACCAAAAAUAUCAGAAGUAGGCUAGUCAGUCAUUAUAAAAUGUACUGUGUGAUUCUAUUAAGUAACCAAUUGAUAGACGGUAUUAACUAGUUUAUAUAAAUAGAUGGGUGGACAGGUAGAUAAGUAGAUAAUAGAUGGAUGGAUAGAUAGCUUUUGGGUGAUUGAGACAUAAUCAUAUUAUGAAAAAAUCAUUGCUAAUAAAGAUAAAUACUACAUGUUCAUUAAAAAGUUACAUUUUUCAAAUAUUGA